CAGAAGGAAGGGAAGGAGCCAGCUGUGCUUUAAUCGGGUGCCAGCAGCAGCGCCCCACCUGGAUCCCCGGAAGGGAGGCCGUCCCACGCUUGGGCUGCUGGAACCACAGCAUGAGCCACAGGCGGGGACAAAGCGGGGAAUUGCCUCCUCCCGAGGGGCCGGGGGAGGGCUUGGCCCCACGUCUGCCGGUAGGGCCCCUCCCCUCGGAUCCCCCCAUGCCGGUCCUUUGCCCUCCGUUGUCUGAGAGCGGAUGCGCUUCCUCCCAUUCAGAAGAAGAGAUGGGGUGGAAGCAACUGCGGGGGGGUUCCACCUGCCCAAGGGGCCCAGCUUGGCAGGCAUCUUGUUUCCAAGGGCAACCAACCCAGUAGGGGCAAAGAUGGUGGCCCUCUUCUGCCCCUAAAGCUAGACAGAACCCCUGAAGCUUCUCUGAUGCCUUUCCUUGGGCUCCAGAAUAGUUCCAGAAGGACAGAGGUGUCUGCCAGGAAAAUCCGUAUCAGGGUGAAGGCAAAGGACUUCCGGCCUGCCACCCUCAGGGCCUGGCCCUGGGCAGCCGUUCUUCUGGCCCCACGGGAGCCUCUCUUCCCUUUGUCUGGCCUUGAAAGAGGAGGGGCAGUGGGGACGCCUGCUCAGCGAAUCAAGGGCCCUCUUUGCCUAUGAAAAGUCCAACGAGCUGAAGCUGCUUGACUCAGGAGGUGGGGGUCCAGAUGAACUCGCCAAGCGCUUCCAAAGUGGGCGCAUCAUGUAUGGGUUGUGCCGCCUGUCUGAGUCUGCUGCAGGGACGCCACGGAUUGUCCUGAUCCAUUGGGUUGGAGAGAAAGUCUCGGACUCGCAGCAAGAAGCGUGUGCUGGGCACCUACCGGCCAUCCGCGCCUUUUUUAAGGAGGCCCACCUGGUGCUGAAGGCCAGCCGGGCCGAGGAGGUGACCCGGGAAGGGCUGACACGGCGGCUGUCCCUGGCGGCCCCAUCAGGAGCCGUCUUCUCCAAGAAGGGCAUGGGCAGCGACCCUCAGGAGCUGGUGGGCACCAACUACCAGAAGACCAACCCGCUCCUGGAGAUCCUGCACACCAAGAGAAGCUCCUUCUGGGCACAGGCAGAGAGGGAAGAGGAGCAGAGGCGCGAGGAGGAGAGGAGGCGAGCCCAGGAGGAGCGGCGCCACUGGGAGUGCCUGCGCAUGGAGGAGGAGCGCCGGGAAGCAGCUGAGCGGGAGCGCCGGGUGCAAGAGAAGGAGAAGCUCAUCCAGGAGCAGAGGAAACAGCAGGCCCAGCGGGAUGCGGAAGAGCAUCGGUGGGAAGAGGCCCGUCGGAAGGAGCAAGCAAAGGCGAUCUCUGGGAUGAGUCUUCAGAGACAGCCUAGCGAGAAAGCCAGGCAGGAGGUGGCUAUGCCAGGUUUGCAGCAGCCGCACCCCCCACGGGGCUUCUUCCAGAAGAGAGACCGGCUAGGCUCUGCCUCCAGAGACCCAGGGCCAGGAAUGCCACGGCGCCCUUUUCUCCGCUACCAACGCAGCCUCACGGAAUCCGCUUACAUCUUCCGCCGCCCAGAUCCAGAUCUCUCUGGCAGCUUCCAGGCCUCGGUCCCCCACCUGGCCCCACCCAUUGGCCUCAAGCCCAGCACCCCCACCCCUGUCCCCGAGAGGCGGCUUCCUGGCACUGGCAGCCUGCCUGAGCCCGCUUUGCCACCCACCAGCAGCCCGCCUGUUCCUGCUCCCUGUGAAACAGAGGCAGCGCCACCGUGCAGCACUCCCUGCCUGGCACCCCCAGCCCUCACCCGUGCUUUGAAUGGUGCUGAAGCUGAGUCUGCCUCCCCACCUCAGUCUCCCCAGCUGGCCCCCUCCCCUGAGAAUGAAUCUGAGUCCCCUUGGGGGCAGGGAAGCCGAUGUUCAGUGGUCCUGGGGCCCUGCUGUCCCCUUGCAGCCCCCUACGAGGAAGCUCUGCCCCUCAGCCAUGCUCCAGAAGGGCAAGUGUCCCCCAGCCCGGCCCCAGGCGCUUCUGGAGGGGCAAUGGACUGGGAGGAGCUGCCCAGCCCCAGAGCGAACUCUCCCCCAAGUACUCGUCCAGGGGAGACAGUCCCUGCGAAAGGUGGUUCAAUGGGAGUUGCUCCGGGCCAAGCUGGGUCCAUCCUGCCUUCCGUGCGCAACGGGACAGAAGAAGAGAGAUGGCGCAGAGGCCAGGGGGCCCGGCCCAGCCCGACAGCCAGGCUCCCUGAUGGAAGGCUGGCCUGACUGCCCAGCUGCUGCCCGCUCAGCCAAAGAGAUUCCCGCUUGGAGAAGGCACUCUGUGCAUCUCGUGCCAGAGGGCGGCUCCCACCUGC